CAGGUAUAGACCCAACAUACAGAGAUGCAUUGGAUGUUAUCCGCGGUGGUAGUGCUUGGUUUCCUAGGAUCAUGUGUUGCCCAAUCUAGAGGUAGGAACGGAUUGUGUGGUACUGUUGGCAAACUGAUAGCAUGUCAGUGCAUGGAAGAAGGGUGUGAAGACGGUCUAUUUCCGGUGGGAGUCUGUCCAAUGCUUCCUAUGAUUCCAAUGCUUCCCAGAAUGCAAUGCUGUCCGCUGCCUUAUGUCAUGCUUUGUUUGCAGUCACAACGAGGCAGACCUUACCAGACACAGGGUCGGAACUCCCGGUCAUUAGGAUAUGUUCCAAUACCGCUGUAGUGUGUGUUCCACCUUCACUUUUUGGCCAUCGACAAAAGAGGAGCGGUAGAUAGAAUUGUGUGAGAACAGUACCGAAAUAUGUGCCAAUAACAGCAAAUCACGCAAUCCGCCAGUUUCAUCAACUGAAAAACUUCUCAUGUCUAGUUAGUUCGAAAAUUGAUUUAAUAAAACUAUGUUGACCCAUGAGUGUAAAAA